GGCAUCGCCGGGAGCGCCGCACGGGCUCCCGCUCGCCAUGAGCCACUUCUUCAGCCCCCGGCUGCCUGCUCUGGCCGCCUCGCCCAUGCUCUAUCUGUACGGCCCCGAGAGACCCGGGCUGCCUCUGGCCUUCGCCCCCGCCGGCGCGCUGGCGGCCUCGGGCCGGGUGGAGCCCCCCCAGAAGCCGCCCUACAGCUACAUCGCGCUCAUCGCCAUGGCGAUCCAGGAUGCGCCUGAGCAGAGGGUCACACUCAACGGCAUCUACCAGUUCAUCAUGGACCGCUUCCCCUUCUACCACGACAACCGGCAGGGCUGGCAGAACAGCAUCCGCCACAACCUCUCGCUCAACGACUGCUUCGUCAAGGUGCCCCGCGAGAAAGGGCGACCCGGCAAGGGCAGCUACUGGACGCUGGACCCUCGCUGCCUGGAUAUGUUCGAGAACGGCAACUACCGGCGCCGGAAGAGAAAGCCCAAGCCCGGCCCGGGGGGCCCGGAGGCCAAGCGGGUCCGCGCCGAGACGCAGGAGAGCAGCUCAGAGGCGCCUCCGGAGGUGCGGAGCGCGGGAGGGCGCCCCCGCCCCGCGACCCCCAUCCAGGAAAGAGCGCCCGCGCGCCCCUCGCCCCUUCGGGAAGCCUCCUCUCCGCCGCCAGCGUCCCUCCCCUGGCCCGGGCCCGGGUCCCCAGAUGGGGACGCGGGCGACGCGCUCCAGGGCGCAGCGGCGGUGGCUGUCGGCCAGCCUGAGCGCACGGUGGACGGCCCGGAGACUCCUCCGCGCCCCGCCUCCCGCAGCUCUCCUAAGAGCUCGGACAAGUCCAAGAGCUUCAGCAUAGACAGCAUUCUGGCCCGACGGCAGGGGCAGAAGCCGGCUGGAGGGGGCGAGCUCCUGGGGUGCGCCAAGCAGGGGCCGGGCAGCUGUCUGGGCGCCUCGCUUCUGGCCACCUCCUCCAGCCUCCGUCCGCCUUUCAACGCUUCCCUGAUGCUCGACCCGCACGUCCAGGGCGGCUUCUACCAGCUCGGGAUCCCCUUUCUCUCCUAUUUCCCCCUGCAGCUCCCGGAAGCGGUGCUUCAUUUCCAGUAAAGCAGACGGCGGCUCCUUUCCCUCGCCCUGGUCUGAGCUCCGUGUGAGCAAGCAGGGCUCCCACCGCUGAGAAAGUAGUCGCGUUUUAAAAUAAAUGAUUUCCUCUGACUGCAUAUGGAUCGUGGGAAGUAUUUGCAUCCUCAGCUGCACGAGUGGGCACACUCCCCUGCCUCCUGCAAGACGGACCUUCCCAGAACUGGAACAGCUUCGGAGAUUUAAAAGACCCUGCCCACGCUGCGACUUGGGCAUCUCAGACCUCCUACCGCAGGCGCAGGAAAAUUCCUUGAACCUUAGGUCAGUCUGAUGGCAUGAUCUUCCACUAGCACCCAGACAGGUCCUGCGCGUCUGGAGGGAGUGGGGGAGGGCGAAGACAAUCGGAGGGCAGGCAGAUGACCGCAGUGUGGUCCUUUCUGUCUAAGAGCCACGAUCUGACCAUCGCCAGCUCGGCUGUCACUGUGGCCCAGGCCUUGGCUUUGGGCUCCACGGAGUGAUGGGUGUUCAUAGCUGGGUUUGUCGCUAAGGUCCAGUUGUGGGGACACCAGGGGCAACCUGUUUUUUAGGUUCUUUUGCAGAUCCUAGGGCUUGAUGAGGACUUAAGACCAAUGUUCAGGCGGAAGCUGAGAGACCACACUUUCAUUGUAAAUAGAGAAAUUUUCUCUCUUUUCCUUUUAGAUAGUAAAAGGAACACGCUAUAUUCUUUGGCUAAAAGCUUGAUUCUUUUUACUAUAAGGGUUGCCCUGUGAACAUCUGUAUUAACAACCUCUAUUUAAAAAGUGCACUCUGUGUAACUUAGCAUUUUGUUGCAUUACAAUAGAUAGUUCGAUAGCUCCUUAGUCAAAACCCGUGCUCUCCAAUGCCUGUUACCAACCACAGACAUCCUAUCUCUUAGCUUUAUUGUUUAAGGGGUCAAAACAUUUCUAGGGACACCGGAAGUGCAUGAGGAUUAGGGAAGCUUGAUUGUUGCCACAUUUUGCAGAACUGUGUGGUGAAGGACUAUUUUUAACCUGAAGAGUUGGGUGAAACAAGCACAUGGAAAGCAAGUGGAGGCAGGGAUGGGUGAGCUCUCAGAAGAGCAAGGGAGUCCCCUGGGGUCUGGGGGUGGUCAGCUCUCUGGGCCCCCAGGAACAGGAGGCUUGGUGGGAGGCUCCCUGGCCAACGGCAGCUUCCUCCUCCCUCCAAGUGCCAGCUAGGCAGGCCCAGAGCCUGCAGCUAAACAAACACCUUUUGGAGGUGACUGCAAGUCUGGGGCGAGGAGUGGGCGGGAGGGCAGGGGGCUGAGACAAAGAUGUGGUUAUGGAAAUUGAGAUUUUCACAGCCCACUUCAGCUGGGAACUUUGGGGGAAUGCAUCUAAGCUCUCACGGUAUCUCUUUGGGUUGUGGUGGCGGUUCUGAGACUCGAUUUCCUGAACCUCCCAGCUACUUUAAUUUUAUCAAAUGUGGGAAAAGCACAGUAAGUCAGUUCCUGGAGGGAGGCAGAGAUGGGUCUUUGAGAUAAUUUUUUAAAGCGGAUUAAAGCAGUUUCCAGAACUUAUAUAAAAGUGAACACAAACAUCACAUCUGAGAGCCUGUUGGUUAAUAUGUUGGAAAUGAUAUUUCAGACAAACAGAAUAAUUUAUGAAUUAGCAAACACAGAGGUGACUGAGAAUUCAUGCUGAAGGCCAUUUGCUACUGACCCCCAGGAGCGUCCAUGUCCAAGCUCCGCCCGGGCUGGUGGGAGCACUGUGGUGGGCAAGCUUCAGCGUCCUUGAUGUUAAGAACUCUGAUGAACCGUGUUGAGACCCAAGAUCACUGUGAUUAACUUACAAUGUGCUGGAAGGGCCGUUUGUUGGCUAUUGUUAUCCCGAAGUCUCAACCUCUGUGAAUAAAGUUGUUUUUUUCAUUAA